AUGCGUCCUUUGGCACACGCCAGACUACCCAGGGCUCUGAGCAGACGAUGCUUCUCAAUUACUCCCAAACGAUCUGCGGACCAGGUCAGAAUCGUUGAAGUCGGUCCCAGAGAUGGUCUUCAAAACGAGAAGUCAUCCAUCUCGCCAGAAACUAAGAUCGAACUGGUCAGGAGACUUGCUGCAACUGGACUUAGGACUAUUGAGGCUGGCUCUUUUGUUCAUCCCAAGUGGACUCCACAAAUGGCCAGUUCGGACAAAGUCUUGCAAAAUAUCUUGCAACAACCACCCCAAACUGCUCAACCUAUGACUUAUCAGUGGUUGUUGCCGAAUAUGAAGGGCUUGGAUACCUUCGUAUCUACUCAUGCCCAGACCUCUUCCAGAGGAAGUGAAUCAUACUCUACACCUCCAUCAUCUCCAAUCCACGAUCGCGGUCCUGCUCAGAACACUUCUACUCAGAACCCAAAUGACAUGCCCUCUGCAACCUCUGGUGCUGCUGCAAUGGAUGCAAAAUCAAGCAUUGGACAACCAAAACACGAGGUCUCAAUAUUUCUUGCAGCCACCGAGUCCUUCUCACAGAAGAACACGAAUUGCAGUAUUGCCGAAUCCCUCGAGAAAUUCCAGCCUCUAAUCACCACUGCUAGAGAUAAGGGCUUUGGUGUACGUGCCUACAUAUCUGUGGCUCUGGGCUGCCCAUUCGAAGGGCCUGAUGUCGACCCACACAAAGUUGCAGAAUUAGCUGCUAGUCUUCUUGAGAUGGGAGCGGAUGAGAUCUCGGUAGCAGACACUACAGGCAUGGGCACAGCACCUCGCACGAGAGAGCUAUUGCGUACUCUGUCCGCAGCUGGCAUUCGCAAUGACGAUCUAGCCCUGCAUUUCCAUGACACUUUUGGCCAGGCUAUGGUAAAUACUAUGGUCGGACUUGAGCACGGUAUCCGUACCUUUGAUUCAGCUGUCGGUGGUCUCGGUGGUUGCCCUUAUUCGCCAGGCGCUACUGGCAACGUCGCGACCGAGGACUUGGUAUACUCUCUAGAAAGUCUAGGAGUCAAUACCGGUAUUGAUCUUCCUGAGAUCAGUAAGAUAGGGGACUGGAUCACAAGCGAGAUCGGCAAACCGAACGAGAGCCGAGCAGGAAAGGCUUCCCUCGCCAAACUCAGACGCGCCUCGGAGUAA